AUGACCAUUCUAUGUUGCACUUGUGUUAUGUUCUUGUGUAAGCGUUUACCCCGCCUGAGCCUGCCAGAAGCCGAGCCCCACAUCACUACGAAGUGCCGAAGCGAUCUGACAAGGGUCACGCAAGGCGCUUUUCGGUCCUGCUCUCCAGGUUCCUCAAGUGAUGUUCAAGUAUACGAGUGCGCCGCAUGGUGCUACUUCGAUAUCAGCAAACUUGAAGGGGAAAGAAGGAUAAAGAGUAGGAUCGCUACGGACAUACCACCUCUACAUCCGAAUAAUCGACAUAUUGCAACCCGAUUUGGAUUAGGCCCCUCUGCCAACGGGCCAGGCAAAUCAACGCCUGCUGCGAUUUCUCUUUUAUCUGACGAGCAGCAGCGCCACGAGGCGGAUUUUUCUUUUCUUCUCCUCAUUAGGAUAUCCGGUCUCUGGGCGGUUAUCGGUGGAUUGCAGACACUGGUCUUUCAUUAUCCAUAUCCUUCUGCAGGGUCCCCGAUCGCCGUCACUUAUCCGUCAUCGUCUGUUGGCGACCUCCGCGAUUUUUUCUCGGGCAACCAACCUGCCACCGUCACUGCUGCGAUUGAGGCAGUUUUAAUCUGCAUCGACCCGCAACCCCGAUCAUCACAACGACCCCUGGUCAUGUCCAGUUACGGCAUGCCUGGCGGCGGCGGCUCCGGGGAGUCAGAAGCGAACCCAAAAUUUGAAUCGCUUCUCGCUCAGCUCCGCCUCCAGUCGUCGCCCAGCCCCGGCCCUGGCACAGGCUCUGGCCCCGAUUAUUCCGGCCAGUUCAACUACCAUCACGGCCACCAGUCCUUCUACGCCCAUCACUCCAAUUCCGACUCCCCCAAUCUUCCGGGCCAUGCCCAAGAACCCAUGGAUUCGCCGGCCUUUCUACCCGAAGCUCCCACGCCGCCUGUCGCCUUCUCUCACUCCCAGUUCCCGCCCGGAAUCUUGAAUCAGAUGGCUGCCGCCCGCGGUGGCGCGGCGGCGGGUGGAGAUGGUCGAACCGCGCACUUGCUGAAUCUCCUAAAGUUCAGUGGACAAGGCAGCUCUGCGAAUCCGCACCAGUCUGCAUCACACGAACCGCCGAAAAGCUUUGCGUCCGCUCCGAUUGCAAGUCCAGUUAUCCAUGCGCCCGCUCCGGCAGCUGCCGAUCCCACCGGCCUGCUUGCUGCUCUUAUGAAGGGCAACCUGCAACCCGAGCCCCCCAAGCACGAGCCCAGCUCGUUGUUGUGGAAUCGAGCCUCGCCACCUUCAGAUACUCAGCAGUAUCUGCUUAACCUUCUUAAUAGGCCUAAGCCUAGUCAGCGCGACACUGAAGAACCCGCCGAGUCGAAUCUGCUUACCCCGCCGCCUGCGACCGACGAUCCCAAGGAUAACGAGAGUUCGCAUGGCGGUCGCUCCGCAGAGCCUACGCUUGUGGGAACCUUAGCCUCGCGCUCCGAGUUUGACUUCGAGACCAAGAAUAUCGAGUCUCCGCCUCCAAAAUUUGACUCGACCCCGCAUUCUCAGCUCUCGCAGCAAUCCGGCCUGAGACAACCCGGUGUUUUCGGCCAUUCAGACCAUUUUGGCAAUCUUCCCGCGGCAUCCCCUGCUCACCAUACUCCAAAGUCUUCGACUACACCCGGAGCCUCUGGUUCGACUACUGGCAGUGGCCAUGCCCCCCCUGUUCCGACUCAGAAUCUCAAAAAGCCAGACUCUGCCCAGCCAUCCCAUGACGAAAACCGACCUCUCAGCGAUCACGGCGCGAUCGGUAGCACCGAGCAGGACAGGCCCAAGCCCGAGCACCCCACCUCACCACCACAACAAAGCAACAUCUCCUGGCCUUCCAACAACAGCUCAGCCGUGUCAAAUGCUGUCGGUAUACCGCCAAGCACGGCUGCUGGUGCGGAACAGGGGCACAGCGAAGAGACCAAGGAAAGCGUGGCAGACGCCGUCAGUGGCCUAGCCCAACAGGUUGACCGUGAAGCCACAGAGGCCUUGACCCGCGCCGAACAGGAACAGGCCAAAGUCGAACCUAAUCACAGCUCGGAGCACACCGCAAUCACUGAAAAGCACGAGGAAUAUCCCAAGCCAUCUCAAAGUGUUUACUCAGCGGCCGAGGAUAAGUCUCCUAAGGAAGAGCUCUCUCUGAAAGAGGAUACGGCUUUUUUCAACUCAUCACUUGCUCAAGACUUUGCCCAGGGGCACAGGGAUAGCGGAGAUGACUCGGCGCAGGCGGCUCAGGGCCCCGUGGCUGACAGCUGGGAAAGCGCGGAGGCCGAGGAGGUCGUUGUAGGCGAGGAAACGGCCGCCCCUGUAAAGGUGUUCAACUUUCCCAUGAAGCCCUGGAUCACCAUUAGCCUGCAGGAGAUUGACGAUUCACGUCCUGUAUUCCGCGAAGAGGCUAUCCUUGACAUCGCCCGUCUCAAGAAGGACUUUGACCAGAUUGACCGCAACCUUGUCUCAGCGUCUGAGACCUACAUGGCUUAUGGUAUGUCUAAGGCUGGUGGACUGCGGGUGAUUAGGCAGGAGGAUGGCAAGGAUGCCAAGCUCUUCACCGACACCAAGGAUCGCAUCUUUAACGUCGCUAUAUCCACCUCCCCAUCUCACCAACAUCCCCAGGAGGCUAUCAUCGGCACAGGAGUCAGCGGGACGGUGUAUUGGGUUCAGCUCAAGACUGGCGAUCGUGACCACCUGGAGGAUGCGCAUCCGGAGCAGUAUGGCUUCGCUCUCCCGCCGAUUUCGACUCAGGAGGGCGGUGAUGCACCUGGCGGUGUUCUUAAGACGCGCGCCCGACCCUCCGCAAUGCGUCCCGAAUUUUUCGCUGUCGGCAGGGGCAAGUCCAUCAACAUCAUCUGGCCCGCCUUCAUAUUUGAGAACGAUCUGUUCAAGAACGGGCACGAUCGCGUCGUCGAUACCGAAAAGCUUUUGAAGCAAUGCUCCCUGAAGAUUAACACCGGCAAGGCUGGAAAGGACUUCAUCUUCAGUCAAGAUGAUACACUUGUUGUCUCCCUCGACAAAUCCGGGCGAGUCAAGUUCUGGGACGUCCGCGACCUCACCGCCAUUAAGGAGGGAUCGGACCCACUACAUCCCAUGCCGGCGCGGACAUCAUUAGAGAUCAAGGAGCCACUCAUGACCCUGACCACCACGCCCGAGGGCGAGAAAGCAUGGCCGACGUCGGUAUUGCUGCUGGAUAAGUUCCGACCGUACCAGAAGCGUGCAGCCCUGAGAUACAUGAUUGUGGGCAUGAAGCAAAAUCACACCCUUCAGCUGUGGGAUCUCGCUUUGGGCAAGCCGGUCCAGGAGUUCAACUUCCCACACAACAAAGAAUCCGAUGCCGUCUGCAGCGUCAUGUACCACGCACCAACCAGCAUGAUCGUUGUAGGGCAUCCUACUCGCAACUCGAUUUACUUCCUCCACCUUUCGGCCCCCAAGUACACGCUAAAAAAUCUGUCGCAAGUUGACUACAUCCAGCGGCUCGUCGCUCAGGAUUCAUCAAUCCCGCAGCCGGAAUCUACGGCUGUGAUUAGUGGUAUUCGGGAGUAUUCGUUUGCCAAUAAGGGAGUGCUCCGCAGCCUCAACAUCCUCGAAAACCCGGCAGCUUCUGGAGACGGUGAGGAGCCCACGCUCUUCGAACUAUAUGCAAUGCACUCCAAGGGCGUUACAUGCUUGUUCAUUAAGCAGUCUGAGCUGGGCUGGACGAAAGAUAACAAAGUCCUCGCUCCCGUCGAUGCCGUGGAAGUUGGCUUGGCCAAGAUUUCGAAGCUUGUUGCACCGCCGCAGCCGCAGCCGCCCGAUGCACACCACGUCAGCGGUUCCGGCGAAACUGCCGCAACUCCGCAGAUACGGAUUGCCACGCGUGGUGGUAAGGACACCAUGACCAAGACUGCAUCGCCUCAGGGCGACGACAAGAAAGGGUCAGAUUCAACAUCUCCGCCUAAGUUCGAGCGCAAGGAGGACGUUGAAAUACCCGGCCCAGCACCGGAAAAAACCGAGAAGAAGGGGAGAAAGAAGAAAGCUGCCGCUGCCGCCGCCGCCGCCGCUGCUGCCGCUGCCGCGGCUGGCGACCAGUCAGUUUCGAACGGUGCCGUCGAGGUCAAUCGGGCAAUUUCGCAAGGCAAGGCCAAAAAAGACGCUCGCAACGCCGAUUCGCCAGCUGAUGCGGCAUCGAGCAAGCCUGCCAACGAUCUUGCCUUCACCUCAACAGCUUUCCAAGAACAACUCGACGCUGUUGUCGGCAAAAUGGAGUCGCGCAUUGUGUCCAACCUUUCAGGUCGUUUUGACGCAGUCUUCAACGACAUCUUUAAGCAAAUGCAAAAGUUUCAAGAUAACCGCGAUUCGGCCUUCGCCAGCAACCAGUCGGCACUCUUACAGAUGGUGGCAGACGUGCUCAAUAACAACACUGAAGCAGUGUUGAAGAACCUGAUCAUCGCACAGAUCAACAAUAACGUCAUUCCUUCAGUCCACAGCGCCAUUGACAAAUCUGUGUCUGAGCAGCUCAACGCCAAAUCGAUCACCCAGGUCAAUGUCAUGCAAAAAGAGAUCCAGAAGCUUCUUCCUAGUGCUGUCAACCAGGCCAUGCAGAAACCCGAGGUCAUCAGAUCGAUCUCAGAUAAAAUUUCGCACAGCAUCAAUGGUCAAGUGGAGGCGCAGAUCGCCAAAUCACUCCACGCCCUUGCGCCUACCAUAGCCAAAACAACGGCUCAGAACGUGCACCAGCGCAUAAUGGAAGAUGUCCGGAUUCGGAUCAGCGAGGCAUUUGAGCAGCUCGACCAACGUCGUCGGGCUGAGGACGCCAAACUAGAUCGACUUAUUGCUCAAACCCAGGACCUUUCCAAUGCCAUCUCAUCACUGACUGCGUCCCAGACCCAACUCCAACAAGAACUUGCCGCUCUAAAGCAACAUAUCCACAGUCAGAGCCGCGAGAGAACUUCGGUUGCCGAAGAACAUGGACGUGGCCAUCCUCAUUCUCACAGUGCUAGUGGCUCCCACGGCCUGUCAAGCGUCGAAUCUCGGGAACUUGUCAACUAUCCCUCGCAGCAGCAGCACCAGUCUCCUGCCUCGCACCAACAGCCGGUCCAAGCCCCUUUUUCGCACCCACAUCAGCACCAACACCAGUUUGGAAACCAGGAGGGCCAGAUGGCAUUUGCCCCGCUUGGCCGCGAAGACCGUCAGAAGAUGGAGCUGGACAAUUUGAUCGAGACGAUCGAUGGGCUGAUGCGGUCCGGUAACUAUGACGAGGCCAUGCUGCGCUGGCUGCAUUCGGGCGACAAGGCCGAAGAAAUCUUCCAGCAGGUUCUUUCCAAUUACAACCCAAUCUUCGUUCGGGAUCUACAGCCUUUGAUCCUGCUUUCCGUCGGCGCAACUGUGUCGGUCGAUCUGAAUCGCAAUUCCCAGAGGUUGAUGAAGAAGGUCAACCUCUUAGAGGUUGUCAUCUACGCAUUCAACCAGAAUCUUGGGGCUUUGGAUGACCAAGUCCGGGAAGUGACACCUAAAAUCAUGAACAUCUUGAAGACGAGGAUUGAGCAGCUCUUCCUCGAAAUUAGUCGGAUUGCGCCACAUGACCCAGCUCUGAAAACGCUCUCCAACAUGAGUCAAGUUGCUGGCCGUGUCGCCGAGACCGUGCAAAUGCGUCACGGCCCCAUGCAUGCGCCUGGCCAUGUAGGCGUCCCCUAUUAAGCGGCUGCAAUCAAUCUGAUGAUGAUAGACAAUAUGGCUCUAGGAUGUUUGAGGUGUUUGCUCUGAUUGAUACCCCGGUCGAGCAUGGCGGUCUAAGGUGGGCUAUGUGGGAUAAUUUCGGAUGGUGCGGUCUAGUGCGUUGCGUCAGUUGAUUUGCUCUGCCUAUCACCGAUCAGCUGGCAGUCAACUUGUGCUUAGCGAUCGAGUAAUUAGGAUGGUUGCUGAGCGGGAUAAUCCCUUCUUUCCUUAACCAUUUCGCGUCUCUUCUUUCUCGUCAUUGGUACUUGGUGGCAUUGGCACAUUGUUUGUCAUAUACAGAUUACGUUUUAGUUAUACGUCGUGUUUGGCCUCAAGUGGACUAUCUAUGUAUAGCUAGAGUUUCUUGUUAGAAUGAGCACAGAACCUGCCUUGUUCAC